AUGCCGCCCCGAAAAAGAAGUGCCCCCGCAGCCAGUGAAGAAGUUGCGCCAAAGCGACGGUCUCUACGACAAGCAGCAUCCAAAAGCCAACCAGAACCUGAAGCAGCUCCAGCGACCAAGACAGCUCCAACAAAGAAACCAGCAAAGCAACAAGACAACGAGCCAAAACCCACAACAAAGCAGAGACAGGAUGCAAAAGAAAGUCCAAAGCCAAAGAAGUCCACAAAGAAACAAGAAGACGAGCCAAAGCCUUCACCAAAGCAACAAAAACCGGACGCAGAAGCCUUGAAGCCAAAGAAGCCCGCCAAGAAACAAGAAUCCAACCAAUCUCGUUCACGCGCUUCAUCCGAAGAUCCAGAUAUCGACUCCAUCCCCACGACGAAUCCCGAUGCGCCUAAACAUGAUGGACAGUGGUACUGGUUGAUGAAAGCCGAGCCCGAGACGCGCAUCGAAAAUGGCGUUGAUGUCAAGUUUUCGAUUGAUGAUCUGCGGGCCAAGACAGAACCUGAAGGAUGGGAUGGCAUUCGAGCCUAUGCUGCAAGAAAUAACAUGAGGAAAAUGAAUGCGGGUGAUCUCGCCUUCUUUUACGCCAGCAACUGCAAGGAACCAGGCAUAGUCGGUAUAAUGGAAAUCGUCAAGGAAUUCUCUGAAGAUCGCUCCGCUCGCAAACCAAGCGCCCCAUACUACGAUCCCAAAUCGACCAAGGAGAAACCCAUCUGGGAUUUGGUGCAUGUCGAGUUCCGCAAGAAGUUCGCCGUGCAGAUUGGUCUUAAGGAGUUGAAAGAGCUGGGAAAGGCUGGUGGUCCAUUGGAAACGAUGCAGUUGCUGAAGCAAUCGAGGCUCAGUGUGAGCCAAGUCAGUGGUGAUGAGUUUAGGUUCUUGUGUGAGCUGGCAGACAAGAAGGCGAAGGAUGCUGGAUUGGAGCAUGAAGAGACCACGCUGUGA